UUUAACGAAACUUUUAUUUUUUAAAUAUAAAAAAUAAAAUAAAAAAAUAAAAACAGUGAAAGAGAGCAGAGCAGGAAGAGAUAAAAGAGUGCUUUUUUAUUUUUAUUUUUUCAGCUUUUCUGCUCACUAUUUAUCUCAUCUGUCAUGGCGAAUAUAUCAAAGCCAAGGCCAAUACUGCCCAUCUUCAGCUGCAAUUCCUUGAUAUCACAUUCUGGUUUCUUCUUCGAACUCCUGAUGUUCUUUAAUCUGGGUUCACUCUAAUUUUUCACAUACUUUUGUUUUCCGGAUUGAGUUUGAAAUGGCUGUGGCUAUGGCUUCUUUGAGUACUGGGGUUCACUUGAAUUGUAAUUAUAGUUCGAGGAGCUUUCUUAUUCCAUUGUCAAGUGGGUCUUUUGUGAAUGGAUCCUUUGGCUUUAGCUUUGGCUCUAAACGCUUCUACAUUAUUCCUAAGGAAAGAAUGUUAUCGUCUACAAUUGUUCCACGAGCAUCGUCAUCUACAGCUGUUGAGGACGGGAGCCAUAGUGAGACCGAUUCAAUUCCAAUUCCUAAAGUAAUUAUUGACCAAGACUCCGAUCCAAAUGCUACAGUGGUGGAGAUAACCUUUGGUGAUCGACUGGGAGCUCUUCUGGAUACUAUGGAUGCCCUUAAAAAUCUUGGCUUGAAUGUUGUCAAGGCAAAUGUAUAUUUGGACUCUUCUGGGAAGCAUAACAAGUUUGCCAUCACUAGAGCGGAUACUGGUAGAAAAGUAGAAAAUCCAGAGUUGCUUGAGGCAAUUCGUUUGACAAUAAUAAACAAUCUGAUUGAGUAUCACCCGGAAUCAAGCUCUCAGUUAGCAAUGGGAGUAGCAUUUGGAAUUGUGCCACCAAAACAAGAGGUUGAUGUGGACAUAGCAACCCACAUAAGCAUCAGUGAUGAUGGUCCUGACCGAAGUCUCCUUUAUGUGGAAACAGCUGAUCGGCCCGGACUACUUGUAGAUCUUGUAAAGAUAAUAACUGAAAUCGACAUAGCUGUUGAAUCAGGAGAAUUUGACACCGAGGGUUUAUUGGCUAAGGCCAAAUUUCAUGUUAGCUACAAGGGUAAGGCCUUAAUCAAACCUCUCCAACAGGUUAUUGCUAACAGCUUGCGAUACUUUCUAAGGCGCCCAACAACCGAGGAAUCUAGUUUUUGAGCUUCUAAGCAUUACUAAUGGAAACUUACAGGGAAGGAUUUUGGAAAUUGUCCAAAAAUAAUAAGCUUGAGGGAAAUUCUAAAACACUGUUGCAUCAUUUUCUCGAUUUGAUGGAUAUAUAUGGACAAAACAUUGAUAGGAAGUUUAAAUUUGACUUUGCAACAGAAAUGUAAAAUCAAAAUUAUUGAAAUUGUUGUAAUUACAUUAUAGUAACCCUCUUUGCCUCCUACGUUUGCUCGCCUUCUGUCAAUAAAGCUCUCAGUGGAAGGAUUUAUGACCA